GCGGGACCUGCACCCGCGAGGAACCAUGCCGCGCUCCUUCCUGGUGAAAACGCACUCCAGCCACAGGGUCCCCAACUACGGGGAGCUGGAGACUCAGAGAGAAAUCAAUGGCUCCUGUUCUGCCUGUGGGGGGCUGAUGGUGCCCCUCCUUCUCCCAGACAGGGUGGCCCCUCCCAUUUCUGAUAACCCUGCCCAGCCCUGGGACCACACCUCUGUCGUCACCUGCAUCUCCCUGCCCCUCCUGCCCCUCCCAGAAGCUCGGGGGACCUCUGAGCCAGAUCCCUUGGAAGUCAGCCUGAUGGACCCUUGUGCUGGCCGGGCUCCCAGCGUACCCCUCAAAGACAGCCUGAGCAACCUCAAUCUGCCCCCACUGCUGGUUCUGCCCACACGGUGGCCCCCAAUUCUAGGCCCAGAAGGGGACCAGCCUCCAGGUAGACUGCUGGGGGCUGAGCAGGCCCCCUGUGCCCCAGGUGGCUUCCAGUGCAUCCAUUGCCACAAGCUCUACCACACACUGGCUGGGUUGGCCAGGCACCGGCAGCUGCACUGCCACCUGCAGGCUCAGCGCUGCUUCACCUGCAAGUAUUGUGACAAGGAGUACUCCAGCCUGGGGGCCCUCAAGAUGCACAUCCGCACGCACACACUGCCCUGCAUUUGCGCCAUCUGUGGCAAGGCCUUCUCCAGGCCCUGGCUGCUCCAGGGCCACAUCCGGACCCACACAGGUGAGAAGCCUUAUGCCUGCUCUCACUGCAGCAGGGCCUUUGCCGACCGCUCAAACCUCCGGGCGCACCUGCAGACACACUCUGACACCAAGAAAUACCAGUGCAAGGGCUGCGCCAAGACCUUCUCCCGCAUGUCGCUCCUGGUGAGGCAUGAGGAGUCCGGCUGCUGCCCCGGUCCCUGAGAGGCAUGGGUUUGGUGCUGUAGGAGGGACAAGACCUCACCCCAGGGACACCACGCUGGCCACCCUCUUGGCAGCCUCCUGCUGCCUGGUGUGCUCAGAGGAGCCAAGCAGACUGGGAGGGCAGGAGCUCAGCCUCCCACUCUCAGGCGCGUUCCCUGCCCACCACAGCCUGCAUCUGUUCCGAGCCAGAGCAGCCCAGCGGGCCGUCAGGACGAGCGAGGGCCCGUGGAGGUCUCCUGCCCCACUCUGCCCACUCAGAGGGGACGACUUUCAACAAAACAAGAACCACUGUUUUGUUUUCCACCUGCUCUGGUUUCAGCUUCUGUUUCUCUAAGAGUGAAAGACUGUUGGGGGACUGUCGCCAGCAUGGACAAUGCCUGCCAUUAAGUCGACGAAUGGGGCUGCCUUUGGAUCUCUCCGCAGCUCCACGUGAACAGUCUGACUUGUGCGAGCGCACUGCACAGUCCAGCCUGCAUGGGCAGAGCUACCUCAAGGCUCACCUCCCUCUGCCUUUGGCUUGGGAUCUGGGCCACGCACCCUCCCCAUCUCACUAGGCUGUCCCUAAGGUGGAGCAGCACCAGGGGGACAGGCACCUAGGCCCCCAUCCACAUCGUGGGGCAAUAAAGAGUCCAUGUGCUCAGGCCUGUUA